AUGAUGCGUCUUCUUGCUCAGCUUUCAGGUGUUGCUGCCCUUGCAGUGUUGGCGGUUGCUGCUCCGGCUCGCUGGGUUCCCCGAGAUGUAUCCUCUGAUCUGCUUGCUCAGUUGACCCUAUACUCCCAAUGGGCUGGAGCUUCAUAUUGCACCAACAAUAUCAACUCGACCGGCGAUGCACUCUCUUGCGAGGAAGGCAACUGUCCCUUAGUCGAGGCUGCUGAUACAGAAACUCUCUAUGAGUUUGAUAAGUCCUGCAGCUAUGGCAAUGUGGCAGGCUUCCUCGCUGUGGACAGGACAAACCAGCUCCUCGUUGUCUCCUUCCGUGGCAGUCGCACCCUAAGCACCUGGCUCGCGAACAUCAACUUCGAUCUCACAGAUGCCAGCAGCCUAUGCCCUGGCUGCGAAGCGCACGAUGGAUUCCUGCAAUCCUGGGAGACCGUCGCAGACGAUCUCACGGCUAAGAUCGCUGCCGCGCAGGCCACAUACUCGGGCUACACGCUCGUUCUAACCGGCCACAGUUUCGGUGCCGCCGUUGCAGCAUUGGGUGGUACAGCUCUGCGAAACGCGGGAUAUGCUCCAAAUGUGUAUUCGUACGGCCAGCCACGUGUGGGCAACAAGGCAUUGGCUACGUAUAUCACGAACCAGGGUAGUAUCUGGAGAGUUACGCACACCGAGGACCUUGUGCCCAAGUUACCACCUGCGGCUGUUGGAUUCAGCCACUCCAGCCCGGAGUACUGGAUUACCAGCGGCGACGAUGUGCCGGUGACAGCGUCUGAUAUCGAGGUCAUUGAAGGCGUUGGCUCGAGGGAUGGCAAUGCAGGGACGUUGAGUCCUAAUGUCGAUGCACACAGUUGGAAGCAGUACUCUAGCUCGACUUCUCCCUUCCCCACGGUGGAGACUUUUCGAUCUGCCCGAACUGUCCACUUUCACCUCCCCAAUGAACUUGACCACUGGGCAUCGCGCCCUCCAUCCACCAUGUUGUUCGCUCCUAGUGGGCCCCAGGGUCCCCGUCGCCGCAGUCGAUUGAAGGCUAUCUUUAUCACCAUCUUUAUCGUCCUCGCCAUUUACCUGAUAUUCUUCCCUACCAAGGCCACCGUCAAUACCGACACCUAUGCCCAGCAACAUGCAAAGACGGAUGAGCUGGCUCAUCCCGAAUCAAAACACAAGACUAUGGUUGUCGCCAGUAUGAAACAUGACGACACGUCGUGGUUGACCGAGUACUUCCCCGACUGGCCGAAAAGUAUCUACGUGGUGGACGACAAGCACGCGCGAUUGACAGUGACGCGCAACAAAGGGCGAGAGUCGAUGGUAUAUUUGACUUACAUCAUCGAUAAUUACGACAACCUACCAGAGACAAUGCUCUUCAUUCACUCCAAGCGCUAUCAGUGGCACAACGACGACCCAUACUACGACGGCGUGCCUCCCCUCCGCAACUUCCAGAUCCCAUAUCUACAAGAACAAGGAUAUGUCAACCUCCGAUGUGUUUGGACCCUUGGUUGCCCGACAGAGAUCCGUCCUCUGACGGAUACACAUCGCAACGACGUACACGCAGGCGAAUACUUCAAAAAUGGAUUCAUGGAGCUGUUCCCGGGAACCCCAAUCCCCGAGGAGGUGGGCGUGUCCUGCUGUGCGCAAUUUGCCGUUUCCCGGGACAAAGUGCUCGAACGGCCGCUCAGUGACUACGAGCGCUUCCGCACUUGGCUGUUGAACACGCCGUUGCAGGAUGAUCUGAGUGGACGGAUUAUGGAAUAUUCAUGGCAUAUGAUCUUUGGAAAGGAGCCUGUACAUUGCCCUAAUGCAGCAGAAUGCUACUGUAAAGUGUUUGGACUGUGCGAUCUAAACUGCCCGUGGGAGGGCGGCUGCGAUGAUCGCUAUGCCCUGCCACCAUUCUCCUCGCUACCUAAGGGGUGGCCGAAUGUUGGGUGGAAGGGUCAAGCACAGGACACUUCGCAUGGAUUACCUGAAACUUGA